AUGAGUCCAAGAAGUUUGCGACCAAGUCCUUAUCAAAUUUGUAUAACGAUCCUGGAAGCUAGGCAUUUACCUCAAAAUGUGAACCCGCUGGUCGUGGUCAGAGUUGGUAACCGGAAGAGGAAAACCGUGGUUCGCGAAAGAACCGACGCACCAGUUUACAACGAAUACUUCGUAUUCGACCUGGUCUGCAACUUGGACGAACUGUUGGGCACUAAAAUCAUGAUAGCUGUAUAUUUGAAAAGUUCCCUGCGCCUGAAAUUUUACGGGAGCACGAGUUUCGAAGUAGCCCUCGUGUGGGAGCAACCAGAUCGUCAAUAUUAUCAUAAGUGGGCAAUGUUGACGAACCCGAAGGACCUCGCUGCAGGACCCAGGGGAUACGUCAAAUGCAAUAUCGCGAUUAAUGUAAAAGGGGAGAAACUGAAAGUGUACCCGGAGACGGAGGGGGAGGACGACAUCGAAGGGAACCUUUUGCUGCCCGUGGGCGGCGAGUACCUGCCGUUUAGGCAACACGCGCGCUACGUUUUUGCGAUUUAUCGGGCCGACGGGCUGCCAGACAUGAGCAGCGUGUGCACGAAAAGCGAUUUCGAAAAUAUCAACCCGUACGUGCAGAUAUCGUUCGCUGGAAUGAAAGAACGCUUGUGGACGACGGAAGAAUACUACUUGGUUGCUGUGCUCUACGACGUGAGUUUGAUCGAUCGACGAAAAUUUUUGACGAAAUCGAUAAGCUUCGAGGUUAGCAUUGGGAACGCCGGCAACAGACAAUUCCCGCACAGCCAGUGCUUCGAGGACAUCAACGACGAAAACCGGAUGCUGGAACGGAGACCGGAAUUCGAGAGCGGUACCGCGUCGCGGCUGACCGGAUCGCUGGAUGGCAAAUAUAAUUAUCUGCCACUUGGCUCGAGAAAACCGUGCUUGUACGUCAAGUCCUGGUGGCCGAACCUCGAGUGGAGGAUGCACAAUAGCAACAGCCUGGCUUUUAUGGCUGACUUCCUCGAGCAGAAGUUGGAGAAACUGGACGGCUUGGUCGCGCUGGAAGACCCGGAGGCUUACAAACUGUACAACGAAACGAUCCUAGAGCUGAAAGGUCGCUGCAUCCGUUAUUUGCAUACGUUGGACACGGGGGAGUACGACGACAAGGGCGGCACUACGAAGCUCGAUCGUCAUCGCGUGCAUCUCUGCCGUAGCAUCAUCGAGGAUAUCCUGAAGAGGAUCAAGAUCAACGGGGAGCUUCCCAACAACCGCUACUUGAAGAUCGCGAUGGUCCACGCGUACCAAUACCUUUGCAAAGUCAAGAAAUUACGGGAAGACCCCCAGCACGGACUUCCGGACGUUUUCGUCUGGAUGAUGGCCGGCUCGAAGCGCGUGGCGUGCACGCGAUUGUCAGCGGAGGAAAUAAUUUACUCCGAAGAAGAGACGGAGAGGGGCAGAACGUGCGGCCAGAAGGUGGACGUCUUCCUGAGGCAUCCACGGGACGAUAACGAAGCUGAUUACGCAGCCUGCAAGCUGGAACUCUUCCUCUGGCUGGGGAACGCGGAGUACGUGGGUGCGUGUUGGUCCUCCAUUCCUUCUGGAUACCAAGUGGAUCAUGAAAAGACCGUCGACUCGUUCCCGAAAUACAUCGAGUACACUCGGUCCACGGUGAUCAAGCAGACACUCGAUCCUUUUUGGGAUCAAACCCUGAUCCUGCCACCGAGAACCAUCCAUGGCACGAAAGAGUACACAAAACUCCACCCACCCAACGUGACUUUGCAAGUCUUCGACCAAGACAUAUGCGGCACCAAGGAGUUCUGCGGAAGAUGCACGGCGAUUCCAUUAGUUAAACUCGCGGCGGAAACUUACUCGCCGCCUGAUUUCCCUCCGAAACUUGAGUGGUACAAAUUUAAAUCGCAGAGGGAUUGCAGCGGUUCGGUCCUCGCUGCUUUCGAGCUCAUAGAGGUAGAAGACGACGAAGAGGUGGACAGGCCAAUGAGUGCUUCGAAACAGGACAUCGUAUACAACAUACCGGUAGACAUCAGGCCGAAAAUGGCAUGUUACAAGCUCGAAGUUAUAUUUUGGGGCGUACGGGACAUGAAGAAGAUGAAUUACCUGCCGGUGCUUAAACCUCGGAUUAUAAUAGAGUGCGCCGGGGUCGACGUCAAGUCAGAGGUAAUGGAGAACGCCAAGAAAUUCAGCAACUUCGAGGAGCCCCACAUCAUCGUCGAAUUGGAUAUGCCGGAGCUUAGUAUCUACUAUCCCUCCGUCACAAUAAAGACUUACGAUUCGCGAGGGUUUGGCUGCUUCAAAUACGUCGGGAUUUGCAUAAUUCCGAGCGUUUACGUCUUUCUGGAGCAACUAAUAACCGAAGAGGAUUACGAUACGCAGAUACACGAGACGAAAUCGAUCCUGAAAUCUCCCUGGACGAAGAAACGAUCCGCCACCAUUUUGUCUUUGCCGAUCGACUACGACCCGUCCAAGGACGAGAAUAGAGAACUGAUUCCGUACAAGAAAAUGGCCGGGAAAGAUUUGUCCUCGAGGAUUUGGAGGGUGCUACGGUCCGUAAAGAAACUAUUCGCGCUUUUCCUGGGAAGGAAAAGAAGAAAAAAGAAAAGCACGCGCCUCGAGGAGGAUGGGGACGAGUCGUUGGAUUGGUGGAGUAAAUAUUUCGCUUCCCUGGAGGAGGAAAGGAGCAAACUGUUAAAGAGCCAAGCUCCCGAAGGUCGCAAACUCGUCGCGACGUUCAAGGUAUACGACGGGGAAUUGGAGUUGCAGCCGGAGUUCGCCGGGUUUCAGGAUCGACUCAGAUCGUUUGAGCUGUGGAGGGGAAGGAAGGCCGAGAAUCCUGAUUACGACAGCGACAAUUACGUCGGAAAAUUCAAGGGGCGGAUCUGCGUGUAUCGUUGGCCGCAUCCGGCCAACCUGCCAUGCAAAACCAGAACCGGUCGAAACGCGGUUAAUGGUUUGUGCGACGAUUAUCCAUCUUCGGAGUCCGUGAGACUUUUCGUCAGACUUUACGUCGUGAAGGGCAUCAAUUUGCAGCCUAACGACCCCCUCAGCGGAAAGUCUGACCCUUAUCUGUACGUCAGGCUUGGGAAAACGUACAUCAACGACAGAAAGAACUUUAUACCUAACCAGCUUAAUCCUACGUUUGGUCGGCUCUUCGAGAUAGAGGCCACGUUUCCCAAAGACCACACGAUGAUCGUGCAAGUGUGGGACUACGACGCCGCCACUAGCGACGAUCUGAUAGGGGAAACGAAAAUCGACUUGGAGAAUCGAUUCUACAGCGGACAUCGCGCUACCUGCGGCAUAUCGAAGUCGUACAACGCCGACGGUUAUAAUUAUUGGAGGGAUCGCGAGAAACCGACGAUGAUACUCGAUAACCUCUGCAAGAUGAACAAUCUCCCGUCGCCGGAAUACGGAGAAGAUGGAGUGAAAAUCGGACGAAAGAACUUCCGGUUCCUCGACGUCCUCGCGAAGGACGAGCCUGACAGGGAAGAAUGCAUGGCGCUGAAUGUGCUUCAUCAAUGGCAAGAUUUUCCCAUUUGUGGGUGUGCCCUGGUGCCCGAACACAUCGAAAGAAGACCGCUUUUUAACGCUGCAAAGCCAGGCCUCGAGCAGGGUAAAUUGGAACUUUGGAUCGACAUGUUCCAAUGCGGCGAACUGCCUCCGAAACCGGCUGUAGACAUCAGACCAAUGGUACCGGAGGAAUAUGAAAUUCGCGUGAUCGUUUGGAACACCGAGAACGUGCCCCUCGUGGAAAGUCAAUUUCUUACGGGGGAGAAGUGCUCCGACAUUUACGUCAAAGGGUGGAUUCUUUACGACGAUUACCAGAAGACGGACGUUCAUUACAAUUCCCUGAACGGCGAGGGUAAUUUCAACUGGAGAUUUAUAUUCCGCGUCACGUAUUCGAAGGGCGAGCGCGUUAUGAUAGUACGCAGAAAGGUAUCUGUCCUUGAUAGGAGCGAGACCGAGGACAAACUGCCCUGCAAAUUGCAUCUGCAAGUUUGGGAUAGCGAUCAUUUCUCUCCGGACGAUUUCCUCGGAGCUUUGACGUUGGAUCUGAGCAGGAUGCCGCGAGGAAGCGGGAAUUCGAAAAAUUGCACGCUGAAGAUCCUGGACCCGAGUUUACCGACGACGGAUCUCUUCAAAGUGAUGAGGAUUAAAGCAUGGUGGCCAUUCCGGCAGAGUGUCGGAACUGCGGACUACGUUCAGGCGGGUAAAGUCGAGCUGGAAAUGUCAAUAAUGUCGGUAGAGGAAGCUGACGAGCAGCCUGCAGGCAAAGGAAGAGACCCUCCUCAAGAACUUCCGCCACCCAAGUAUGAAGGAACUUAA